AAAUAACAAAUAUACAAAAUAUAACAAAUAAUAUUAUCCAUAGGUAAAUGUGUUGCACGCCGCAGUGCCGCACGGUAAAUAUUUAUUAUUUAAAACUAUAGCUGCACAAUUAUUUUAUAUUUAUUUGAAAUGUGAAUUUGGUAUUUGUGAAUUAUUUGUUAUUUCUUAUAAGGAAAAAUUGCCUAUAGAGAAUAUCCGACUUCUACAAGUGAUUUAUAAUGACUAAUCCAAAAUCUUUUCUACACGAAUGGUGUGCAAAAAAUAAUUUGGAACCACAGUUUGAAACAAAUCAAGCCGGUACAAAGUUUAAUCUGCGGUUUAUAUGUGAAGUUACUGUAAGUGGACAUAAUUAUGUAGGUGUAGGAAAUUCAACUAAUAAAAAAGAUGCUCAAGGAAAUGCAUCAAAAGACUUUCUUUUAUACUUGACACGGCAAGGAUUAGUAUCUGCUGAUUCUAUACCAAAUAAUUUUAUUGCUGGACCUACUUCAAAUGAUUCGACGGUUAAUUCAUCCCCAAGAUUAAUGAAUAAUAUGCCACCAAAAUCUGUAUAUCAACAAGGCCAAAAUCCUAAUAUGCUCGGCGAGGCUUAUCUACCAAUGGGGAAAACAGAUUUUCAGUUUAAAGAUUUUUUAAAUGAUGAAAGUAAAGUUGAAGAGGCAGAAAAUUUAGAUGUAAAUGCUGCUGUACAUGGAAAUUGGACAAUUGAUAAUGCCAAAUCACGUUUAAAUCAAUUUAUUCAGUCUAAUAAGUUAAAAAACGUUGAUUACAAAUAUAGUUUCAUGGGGAAGAGUUUUGUUGCUGAAAUGUCAAUAUAUGUUACCAAACUUGGAAGAAGUGUAACUGCUCAUGAAAGUGGUUCAAAUAAACAAUCAGCAUCUAAAAGUUGUGCACUUUCUUUGAUUCGCCAAUUAUACCAUUUAGGUGUUAUUGAACCAUUCUCAGGAUCUUUAAAAAAAACCGUUUUAAACAUAGUAGAACCGUAUGAAGUUAACGUUGAUCCUUUGAUCUUAAACAAAGUAUAUGAUAUACUGAAAGAGUUUAAUAUUGAACCUGUAAUCAAGAAGGAUGAUAUUGUUAUUGAACCUGAAACUACAAUUUCAUUAAUUUCUAAUCAAGUGCUUGCGGAAUUUAAUGAAUCAAAACCAAUUAGAUUAACAGGAGUUAUUUCAUGGUCACCACCUCAAUCAAAUUGGAAUCCUUGGUUGGCUAUAAAUAUUGAUGAAGGUCCUUUAGCUACUGCAACUUUAGAUCAAUUAAGUGAAGAAUUAACUAAAGAUUAUAAUUUUAAAUUAAACUCCUCAGAAGAUUUAAAAGAAACUAUCUUAAUGCGUAACCAACUUCCAGUAUUUACUAAGAAAAAUGAUAUAUUAGAUUUAAUAAGAGAAAACUCAAUAGUUAUUAUUCAAGGGAGCACUGGUUGUGGUAAAACUACUCAGGUUUGUCAAUUUAUACUCGAUGAAUACCUGCAAAAUAACAAAGGAGCAUACUGCAAUAUAAUUUGUACACAACCUAGAAAAAUAUCAGCCAUCUCUGUUGCUGAUAGAGUAGCUUUUGAAAGAAAAGAAGAUAUAGGUUUAAGUGUUGGUUACAGUGUCAGAUUUGAUAGCAUAUUUCCGAGACCUUAUGGAGCAAUUUUGUUCUGUACAGUUGGUGUAUUAUUACGUAAAUUGGAAAGUGGUAUGCGUGGCAUAUCACAUAUAAUUGUUGAUGAAAUACAUGAGCGUGAUGUAAAUAGUGACUUCCUCAUGGUUGUACUUAAAGAUAUGAUUUAUAACUAUCCUCACUUAAGAGUUAUUUUUAUGUCUGCCACUAUAAAUACUGAUAUGUUUUCUAAAUACUUCAAUUGUUGUCCAGUUAUUGAUGUAGAAGGAAAAUGCUAUCCUGUGAUAGAAUAUUUUCUUGAAGAUAUUGUUCAAAUGUUAAACUAUCAGCCAACUCCAGAUACCAAGAAACGCAAGAAUAAAGAUAAAGAUGAAGAAUCUGUUAUUGCUGCACAAGAUCUUGAGGAAAAUUGUAAUUUACUUGUAUCUGAUGACUAUCCUCCUGAUAUUAGAUCUAAAGUGGCAAUGAUUAGUGAAAAAGAUGUUGAUUUUGAAAUUAUUGAAGCAUUAUUAACAUACAUUGAAGUAGAAAUGAAUACACCUGGAGCGGUUCUAAUAUUUUUACCUGGUUGGAAUUUAAUUUUUGCGUUGCAAAAAUAUUUAACUCAGAGACAAUUUUUUGCAUCUUCAAAAUUUUGUAUAUUGCCACUCCAUUCGCAACUUCCUUGUGUUGAUCAACGUAGAGUCUUUGAACCUGUACCAUGUGGAGUACGCAAGGUGAUUCUGUCUACAAAUAUAGCUGAAACAUCAAUUACUAUUAAUGAUGUAGUAUUUGUUAUUAAUUAUGGCAAAGCAAAGAUAAAAUUAUUUACUACACAUAAUAAUAUGACUCAUUAUGCAACAGUUUGGGCAUCUAAGACAAACAUGCAGCAAAGAAAAGGUCGAGCGGGACGUGUUAAAGAUGGUUUUUGUUUUCAUUUAUGCUCAAAGGCACGUUAUGAUAAAAUGGAUGAUCAUAUUACACCAGAAAUUUUCCGUACACCUUUACAUGAAAUAGCUUUAUCUAUUAAGUUAUUACGACUUGGAGAUAUUGGACAAUUUCUUAGCAAGGCUAUUGAACCUCCUCCUAUUGAUGCUGUUAUUGAAGCCCAAGUGAUGCUUAAAGAAAUGAAAUGUCUUGGAACAAAUGAAGAGUUGACUCCACUUGGUCGUAUUUUAGCAAAAUUACCAAUUGAACCACGGAUUGGUCGCAUGAUGGUACUAGGAAAUAUCUUAUUGCUAGGUGAUGCUUUAGCUAUUAUAGCUGCUAUCUGUUCGAACAUGACAGAUAUAUUUGUGUUUGACCAUAGAAUGACACCAGCACAGCGUGCUUUUUCUGGUAACCGUUGUUCUGAUCAUUUGACUGUACUAAAUGCUUUCCAUCGAUGGCAAUCUUUAAUUUAUCGUAAUGUUGAUACAACAGAAUUCUGUGAACGUAAAAUGUUAUCGCAACCAUCAUUGACUACAACUGCAGAUGUUACGGAACAAAUAAAAGAUCUAUUUAUCAAACUUGGAUUCCCUGAAAUGUGUUUUGAAAGACUGAGAUUAAAUUUUGGAAACGAUGGAAUGCACGACGAUCCAGUAUUAGAUGUAAUAUCUGCUAUUUUAACAAUGGGAUUUUAUCCUAAUGUGUGUUAUCAUAAAGAAAAACGAAAGGUUUACACAACGGAAGGAAAGGCUGCACUUAUUCAUAAGACUUCUGUUAAUUGUAAUAAUGUUGUGGCAGGUUCUUUCCCAUCACCAUUCUUUGUAUUUGCAGAGAAGGUACGUACUAGAGCUGUAUCUUGCAAGCAAAUGACCAUGGUAACUCCUAUUCAUCUUCUAUUGUUUGGUGCGCGCAAAAUUGAAUAUGCGAAAGAAUUAGUUCAAUUAGAUAAUUGGAUAACUUUAAAAAUGGACGUUAAGGCUGCUUCUGCUAUUGUAGCUUUAAGACCAGCUAUUGAAAGUAUGAUUGUACGUGUAUCUGAAAAUCCAGAAUCAAUUACAACGUUAAGUGAAACAGAUAUUAAGCUUAUAAAUCUUUUAAAAGAACUAUGUAAUUUUAACUGUGGUAGAUUUAAUCUUUCACCAAUAUCGUUUGAUCAAAGUGAUAAUCAAAACUACAGAAGACAGUUUAAUCAAACAUCUAAUGACAAUUGUGAUACAUCAUACGGUAAAGUUCCACAUAUUAAUAAUUCCUACCCAAGUUAUAAUAAUUUUCAAAGAGGUGGUAGAGGACGUUAUAAUCAAGGAAGAGGUUACCAUGGAAGUCCUUCAUCAUUUGGUGAUGGAUAUAAUCAAAGAGGUUAUCAUGGCCGUGGUGGUUUUGUAAGAGGACGAGGUUUUAAAAGACAUAGUGGUGAGUAGUGACGCAGACUUUAGAAGAGAUUACUGAACCAGAUACUUGUAUAAUAUUUUUUUAUUUAUCUAAGCAAUUAUAUGAAUUUGGUUUUCAUUA